CAAAAAUGAAAAUGACCAACAAAACACCAUGGCAGAAAACGAUGAUGAAAUUGCAGAAAUGGCAAGAGAAAAGAUUACAGCCAUUUAUGGAGAAGAGGGACUGAAGAAAGAUUACAGUGAAUUGGUGGGAGCCAGAGAGUUUCCUGUGAUUCUAGGCACAGGCACGAAGACUCUGAAUUUUGACACUGCCGAAGAACUGUCUGAAGGUAUUGGAUGCUACAUUCGGGCUGAUAAAUCAGAGCAGCAGUUCUGGCCUCUGGUGAAGCGAGUCACCAUCUCCUUGCCGAAGUCUCCAGCUCUGCUGGAGGGGAUUGUGCUGGUGGACCUGCCUGGAGCUGGAAACGUCAGUAAAUACAGAAGCGACAUGUGGAAAGAGUGUCUCAGCCAGUGCUCCUCUGUCUGGAUGGUCAAUGAGAUGAAACGUGCCCUGUCUGAGAUAGUAGCCAAUGAGAUCUUUGAUACAUUGAGAACCAUUGCUGGAGGAGGAGAGUGUCACAAUAUCACCUUCAUCUGCACCCAUACAGAUGUCAUCGACCCAGAGAACUUCAGAAAAAAUUAUCAUAUCACAGAUGAGGACCUUAACAUUAACAAGGGGCCAUCCGAGAAGGCCAGGCGGACUUCUCUCUCUGGGGGGAGGGCGUCCCCAAGCUCUCUCUCAGACGUGGUGAUGGAUCCACUGGUGGGCGAGGUUCUUGGUCAGGGUUCCCUCUCUGGUGGCGGGGCCUCUACUUCACUGUCCCUGGACGUCACUGCCCAAACUGGUUGA